GGAGCGCAUGGAGCUGGAGGGCCUGCUGGCAGACGAGGAGGCCGCCCAGGCGCGCUCCGGGGCCGUGCCGCCGCCCGGCGGCCCCCGCAGCAGGGCGCCCGCCCUCGCGGCAGCCGGCGGCCUCGCGGUGUCGGCGCUGGCGCUGGCGGGGGGCUGCCGGGGCGCCUUCGGCGGCGCCAGGGCAGCGCCUUCGAUCGAUGCCGUCAGCAGCUCGGCCGCGGCCACCGCUGCCGAGACGCUCCUGGUGUUCUGCGACAACUGGCGGGACAUCGAGCUCAACAGGAGAGCUUGCAGCACACGGCGGAGGAUUGCGGCACGGCUUGCUGGGACGCGCCAGGCUGCGUCGGUUUCAGCCACCAGUUCCGAGACUGCAACAGCCCAGUACGCGCUGAAGAAGGGCACGUGCCUGCUCUGGUCGGCCCCGUGCUCGCGCGUGCGGAACGCGUGCUGGAACGACUACGUCUGGGGCGAGGGCAGCGGGCCGGCGGCAGCGUCGAGUGGCGGGCAAGCGGUUAGCGAGCCGACGCCUACCGCCAAUUCGACGACGAAGGCGGCGGGCGACAGCAACGCGGCCGACAAGCCGGCGUCUACCGCCGAGCCGACGUCGUCGACCGUCAAGCCAACGUCUACCGCCGAGCAGAAGGCGACGGCGGCCGCCGACAGCGACGAGGCUGACGAGCUGAAGGAGGAUGGCGACAAAGGCAGCACUUCCCAGGUUGCCGAGCCGACGCCUACCGCCAAUUCGACGACGAAGGCGGCGGGCGACAGCAACGCGGCCGACAAGACGGCAUCUACCGCCGAGCCGACGCCUACCUCCGAGCAGAAGGCGACGACGGCCGCCGACAGCGACGAGGCUGACGAGCUGAAGGAGGAUGGCGACAAAGGCAGCACUUCCCAGGCGACCUGGAGCCUGGACGCUUCCGGGACGGGCUGCAAGAACUGGGCGGAGCUGUCGGUGGGCGAGUCGGUGGAGGACACGGCCCAGGGUUGUGGCCAAAAGUGCGCCGCGAAGGGGGGCGAGUGCGCCGGCUUCAAUUUCCAGCCGAAGCCAUCUGACAAGUGCAAGGGCAGCGGCGUUGAUAAGGGCGCCUGCACCCUGUAUUCCGGCGCAUGCGAGCCAGAGAGUAACGACUGCUGGGAUUACUACGUUCUGGAAGGUGCGUCCACCGACGCGGGAGACGAGACCGGAGACGAGGCUGGAGACGAUGACGUCGACAAGUUCAAGGAGGCCAUCGACGCUGGAGACAAGGGCUUCGAGGACCUGAACGAAGUAUCGGUGCACGGGGGGACCUUUGGUUGGGCGCUGGGUGCGCAGGAACCUCCCGGCAUGGACCGCAGCGACUCGCUCGCCCAUGCGCGGCAGAUGCUGAGGUCCCCGCUGAUGGGCAGCCCCGGAGCCGACGGAGACGAGGUCCUCGGGCGCCGGGCGCGCGGGGCCACGCCGCCGCAGCGGCGCCACGGCGCCGUGGCCGCAGGAGACCGCGGCCUCGGCGCCGUCGGCAGCGUCCGCGCCGGCCCCGACGGCUACUCCACGGCCUCGUCCUCGGACGCCGGGAUGCGACAGCUGCAAGGCCCGCGCCCCGCAGCGCGCAGGCGCGCAGCGCCCUGCAGCGGAGCCUCCGGGCCGACGGCGAAUGCCACGUGCUGUGCGUCGCGAGCGUCCUGGACCUCGAGGGCCUGGCCAAGCUGGGCGACGGGCUCCCCGCCGAGCCCAAGGCCCCCGCCAGGCGCCAGGCGAGCGGCCCGAAGGACGAACCCCCGAAACCAUGGAGGGUGCCAGCGCUUCAGGAGAGCUUGGCGAGCUGCCCGCUGCGGUGAGCGGCGCGGGGGCGUCGUCCAGCGGCGGCGCCGCGGCGGAGGCCCCGCGGCCUCGGCCCCGCGACGUCCGCUUCGAGGGCAGGUUCGGGGUCGGGGAGAGCCUCGUGCUCCACUUCAGGCUCUUCCGCGGCAAGGAGACCUCUUCGCGUUCCGCUUCGGCUGCGUCGCGUGCUGGAGCUUCGACAGGCCGGACAGGAUUGAGAAGGUGGCGUCAACGGGUGCAGCUGCAUCUGCAUCGCUUGUGCCGACCACGCCGAUCCCUCUGGAUAAGAAGGCUCGCUUGUCCUGCACGCUGCACGAGAUGGACGGUGUCACGGACCACGUAGACGCUCGAUUCGGUGCCGUGGAGUCGGACAUGCAGGCCCACGAAGUCCAAAUGAAGGAGUUGCAUUCCGCUUUGAUCGACAGGGUGCUUGCCGUUGACAUGAACAUCGGGGUUCAGAAGCUGACGGUUCUGAGCGUGUACCAGCCGCGCCCUUGCCCGGGCGUCCGCUGGUCGGCCUCGUCUCCUGGGUCGCUGUCGGGGCGAGGUGUCCAGCCAGGAGACUGCUGGGACGACGCCCCGCGCCGCGUGCUCCUGCUCCAGCAGCGGCACGACGUGGUGCUGCCUCCAGACGCAGCGAGCGCGCCCGGCGCUGCGCGGUCGACCGCUCCGGUGCCACCCGGCCCUGCGCGGCGACCGCCCGGCGGCACGCACUGGAGAGGCCACCCCGAGCUGGCGCAGGACGGCGCCGCGCCCCCGGCGCCCGCAGAGCUCCCGGGCGCUCGCCCGCCGCUGCCCCGCAGCGCGGGCCCGCCCGCCCCCGAUGGGGGCCCGCGGAGGGCGCCCGUGGCCGCCGCGCGGGAGGCCGGCGGCGCGGAGGGCGCCCGCGGGGUGCCCGCCGGCGCGGCCGCGGCGAACAAGUCCGCGGGAGGAGGAGGGGCCGCGGGCCUCUCCCCGGCGGGCGCGGCCGGCGCCUCCCCGGCGGCGCAGGGCGAGGCUGCCGUGGAGCGCCCGCAGCUGCCCGGCGGCCCGAGCUCGGCCGCAGCCGUCGAGGGCCCGCGGGGGGCGCCGGAGGUGGCCGGCGCGCCUGCUGCAGGCGAAGUCGGGCGAGGCGGCGUCGGGACGCCCGCCGGAGCGGCCGUGGCGGGCGAGUCUGCGGGACAUGCCGCUGCAAGCUUCCACCCGUCUGGCGCGUUGGCUGCCGUUGAUCUCAAGGUGACCGCCACCGAGGAGAACCGGUACGUGUCGAUCGGGAUCUUGUGGUUCUUCUUCGUUGGCCUGAUGUUCUGGGCGAAGCACACCACGUGCGACGCGUACCUGAUGCCCGCCAUCAACGUCUUCGUGGACAGGAUGCGGGCCAGCGAGCAGGCCUGGCUCCAGAGGUGGGGCGAGGAAGCAGUCGCCGGAGCCACCAUCUGCGCGCUAGGGUGCAACGGCCCAGAGCUUUUCUGCAACUUCAUCGCCCUGUACACGGGCAGCGACGCGGGCAUUGGGACGGUUGUUGGCUCCGAGAUCUUCAACCUGCUCGUUAUCAUCGGCGCCACGAUCAUGGCGACCCACAGCCUGCCGCUCCAGCUCGACCUCGCGCCUUUCGCCCGCGAUGUGUUCUUCUACGGCCUGUCGGUCGGCCUGCUCUACUGCGUGCUCUCGGACAAGCAGGUCGAGUUCUGGGAGUCGCUCGUGCUCCUUGCGGCGGCGAUGCUGUACGUGGCGGCGGUGUACUUCACCUCGGACGUGGCCGACAUGCUGUGGGGUGCCGGCGCAGCCCAGGCCGCCCUGCCGUCCUCGGCGGGCCUCGCUGCGCCGCCCGCGGGGCAGCCCGGCGACCUGCCCGACGGCAAGGUCUCCAGGAGGAGCAGCCGGGCGGGCUCCUUCCACGGGGUGACGGUGCAGGUCGAGGAGGUGGUGCACAGCCGCAUGACGGACGCCACGCACCUCAAGAGGACGAUGGACGCCAACGACUUCGCCGUGGAGACCGGCAUCGACGUCGCCCUGUGGACGUCGCAGCGCACCGUCAGGCAGUCCCGGAGGCCCUCGCUCGGCCCGCAGCUGGAGGACGUCCAGGACGCGGUGCUGGCGGGGCCCAGGCUGCUCUACAAGGACCUCAAGGAGGUUGUUGUCCGGUCAGAGGGCGUGAUGGACCUCGAGUUUUGGCCACACGUCUGGGAGCACGUGACUUUGAGGGUGAGGUGUGGGACUUCGGUGGAGCGCGACGAGCUGCUGGCGAAGGUCAGGGAGUAUUCUCUGGGGAAGCCCUGGGAGCACGAGUACGACGCCUCUGUUCAUUCCGCGUUUGUCCGCUUCAAGCGUACUUUGACGGCAGAUAGCAGCAUAGUGGAGAAACUCUCAGCAUUUCCUGAGUUGAUCGUUAACGUAUGCUUGAUGAGCACACUGUCCGUGGUCGACGUGAAGGACAUCCGGAACGAGGGGCGAUGGGGGCUGUGUUUCUUGGGCGGUAUGUUUUGGUUGGGCUUGCAGUCGUAUUUCUUGCUGGAAGCCUGCGACUGCAUCCACUAUCAUAUACCAGCAAUUCCCACCAGCUUCCUCGGCAUCACGGUGUGCGCUGUGGGCACAUCGUUCCCGAACGCGAUCGCCUCCGUCAUACUGGCGCAGCAGGGGCAGCCCGCUGCAGCGGUCGCCAAUGCCCUGGGGUCCAACGUGCAGAACGUGUUCCUCGCGAUGGCGUUGCCCUGGGCGUUCUACUCUGCGCAGAUGCUGAGCUUCGGAGCCAUCUCGCAGGACGUGGCGGGCAUCGACGAGGGCGUUCUCUGGAUGAUGGGCACCCUGGCGCUGCUGCUGCUGGUCUCGCUAUGGCCGCCCACUUUCGGGCUGCUGAAGAGCCACGGGGUUCUCUUCAUCCUGGUUUACGCGGCAUACCUGGUGGACAUCACCGCUGAGACGUUCGGGGUCAAAGUGUGAUGCAGGGUGGGCCCAGCCUCGUCGGCGCUUUCUUGGGAUACUAGGGCGGGCCCUCGCGAAUGGCUCGCUCCGAACCCUCCCUCACGCGUCAUCCUCACCCCCCGUUCCCUCCUGUAUGAAAUCCUGCCGUCCCAGCUUUCCCUCAAUCGUCGAAUCGUGAGGGAUGCUCUUUGUUGCCCCUCCCAUCGCACUGCAGCGCCGGCAGGCGAGGCACCGUGAGUUGGUGGGUGCUCGGGCAAACAUCGCACACUAGCGAUGGACGGCGAUGUCCCCAAUUUGCCGUGCUUCAGGUAUGAAGAUCUUGCAACAGUUCGAGUCACACUUUUUCUUCAUCACCGGCAUCCUCCGACUCCUCUGUCCUGCCCCCCUCCUCCCAGCUCAACGUAUGGUUCCGCACCUCUUCAAUACAGUGGCGGCCAUUCUGGCGGUGUGUCGUACAGAACCUUCCGCACAGCCCGACAGGCAUUUCUGGCAAAGACGCAGCAGGAAAUGCUCGGUGGGCAUGCCGCAUAACCACCCAAUAUAUUAUUCUAAGUUUGGCGCUCGUCGCGUCGUUUGUGCUCUGACGCGUGCUGGGCCAGCUCGUAGAGCUUGGCGGCACGACGGACGAGGCCGAGGCGUGCGGACGCGUCGCCGAGCCGCUUGCGAUUGCCGCUGUGCUGGGCCCGAAAGACAAAAGUCCGAGCAUGUGCCCAGGGUGGCCCCGCAGUGGGCGCCACCCCAGCAUACUUCUGCUGCAUGUGUGCGUCGUUCCCCCUCAGGAGCGACGCGCGCACCGAGACAUCUUCACAGCACCUGCGUCGUGGCGGGCGCUUCCCGGCCACGCCGCUCGGGAAACGAUGUGGCUGCCACGAGGUGGGUAUAUACUAUAAUGUUUGUCUCGGACGCGCGCCUCCAAGGAGGACGCAUAGUACCAGUGUGUCUCUGUGCGUCCCGCUCAGGGCAGUAGUUCAUUGACUGGGGGGGGAAGCUCCCACUUGCCGUUCACGUUAAACUCAAACGCGCGCGCGCGGGGCGCGCAGGUGGGCUUUACCAGCAGGAAUGGGAAGGCAGCUGCGCGUGUGGUUCGGCUCGGACCUUGAACCCUUGGCGGUAAGACCUGCUGAGCCAUCGUUGCCGCCGCCUCUGCCUUCUCUUGCGCUGCACGCCCGUGCGUGACGCCUGGUCGGCAUGAGGACCUCCCCCACCUGUCCUCCAACUUAGUCCCGUCCCUGGUUUCGCUUUGUGGGACGCUCUGCAGACAAACGUACAGCGAGCGGCUUGGGAAAAGGAACACUUACUUUUCAACAGGGGCUCGGUCGUUCCUUAGGCUCGCAUGCGUUGUGGAUCGCCCCUUGUGGGCUAUGUGUUGUUUAUCGUUCCUUGUGCGCUACUCCCUGG